AUGAUAAUUGAGAAAUUAAAAGAUUUUUUCAAACCAAAAAAACAAAACGCGUUAGAAUUACAAAAACGAGAUAGGCAAAAAAAGAAAGAGGAUAAGCAAGAUAACCAGAUAAAAGCAGGAUUUCAAAUUUAUUAUUUAUUGAAGG